AUCUUAGUGAGUUAUCAUCAAAACUCUGUUCCGCGAAUAACCACUAAAGUACUCCAAUUCACCAAAUUCUUCUCAGGCAUUCUAUCAAACAGUUCACGUGCAGACUCAACAUCCAGAACCUGGAUGAGAGGAGCCAGGUUGAUAUCAUUGUUCUCGCGCUGCCGGACGUUGAUGAUUCAUAACUAUUCUCCCUUGUUUCGUGCUACAACCAUUUUCACCAACCACCUGCAUCCUUCUAACUCUCAAUGCCGAUUCUUCAACUCUUCUUCUUCUACUUCAUCACCAUCACCUUCCUCUAACAAGCUCUUCGUAGGAGGUCUAUCAUGGUCAGUUGAUGAAAAAUCCCUCAAAGAUGCUUUCUCUUCCUUUGGAGAAGUCACUGAAGUGAGGAUAGUGUAUGAUAAAGACAGUGGUAGAGCUAGAGGCUUUGGAUUUGUUAUCUUUUCAAAUGAAGAUGAUGCAAAAUCGGCAAAACAUGCAAUGGACGGAAAGGCACUGUUAGGUAGACCCUUGAGAAUAAAUUUUGCUCUCGAAAAGGCUCGUGGUGUACCUGUUGUAGUUCCUCGGUUUUCUGAUAUUGGAAACUUAAACAGGCGCUGAAUUGAAUGUAUUUUUGUGUCUGAACCGGUAUCAAGUGGCCUGAGCGUUGCUUUGAAAUCUACUUGUGAAAAGUCUGAAUUAAAAUCUGCCGGUAGUGAAAGCUUUCGAGAUUGCAGUAAUUCCUUUGGCAUUCCAGAAGCAGCAGUUACAUUACGUCUUCCCUGUGUUCAUGUACACUAAAAAGUGUAAAGUACUGUGAUGGUUCUUAUAUAGCAUCUCUAUCUCCUGUAUAAUCAUAUCAAAACAAGUAUAACUCAUUUUCAUCACAUUGAUGCCUAAUUUAUUUAAAUACUUACCCUUCUGACUGGACUCCCUUGAAAAUGAAAAACAGGUGUUUUUGUACCCUGUAUGAACUUGCAUGUUGCCCACUAAUCAGUAUUUGUAAUAUCUAUGUCAGUCUGUCAGAUAUGGUUCCCUAUCAUUUGGGGUAUUUUCAAUACAUCAGUUAUUACAAUUAACUGCCAA